AUGAACAAUCGCGGAGCCGGUGCCAAUCCAAAAGAGGAUUACCUCGACAUGGGUCUCGAUGCCAUGGAGAAGAAGUUCGGAGGUGGCAAAAUUGACCCGGCAAAAUCAUGGAAUAUGAAUGAAAAGAUGACCGACAAGGCACGAGACAUGUUUGAAAAGGCCAGAUAA